AUGGCCCCCGCCGUGAUGGCUUCGUCGGCUACCACCGUCGCACCCUUCCAGGGGCUCAAGUCCACGGCCGGUCUGCCCGUCAGCCGCCGCUCCAGCGGCAGCCUCGGCAGCGUCAGCAAUGGCGGAAGGAUCAGGUGCAUGCAGGUGUGGCCGAUUGAGGGCAUCAAGAAGUUCGAGACCCUGUCUUACUUGCCACCCCUCUCCACGGAGGCCCUCCUGAAGCAGGUCGACUACCUGAUCCGCUCCAAGUGGGUGCCCUGCCUCGAGUUCAGCAAGGUUGGCUUCGUCUUUCGUGAGCACAACAGCUCCCCCGGGUACUACGACGGCCGAUACUGGACAAUGUGGAAGCUGCCUAUGUUCGGGUGCACCGACGCCACGCAGGUGCUCAACGAGGUGGAGGAGGUCAAGAAGGAGUACCCUGACGCCUAUGUCCGCGUCAUCGGCUUCGACAACCUGCGCCAGGUUUGGCCGAUCGAGGGCAUCAAGAAGUUUGAGAUCCUGUCACUUGCCACCCCUCUCCAUGAAGGCCCUCCUCAAGUGCUCAAGGAGGUGGCGGAGGUCAAGAAGGAGUACCCUGAUGCCUAUGUCCUUAUCAACGGCUUCGACAACCUGUGA